CAGAUUCUGACGCUUUCAUACUUAUCGUGAACUCUCGCGAGAACGUCACUAACUUCCUGCAAUAGUUGUAGAUAAUGGCGGCGCGUCAUCUAACAGCGUUUGUAGCCUUUCAUUAACACCGGGUAAAUCCCAGACGAGCAGCGGGAAGCCAGCACAAUAACCACCCCCGGUGAGACGAAGCCGAACCCGUCAGGGUGUUUUUAACGCUGUAACUAAGCGCUUUAACAGACUGUUGGAGUCUCUGUCAGAUGCCUGCGUUGGGCUGGAGGGUAGGAAGGUAUGGUCUGAGGAAAGCUCCUGUAAGGAGGGUGGACUAGCUAUGUGGAGCCAAUCAGGAGGAGAGAAACCUCCAGCAGCGGAUCCAUACAUGGGGGAGUACGAGCUGUCAUCUGCAUGGAGGAAUCUGAACCAGAGCAAAGCAGCUCUGCGUCACAUUGAAAAUCAGUUGGAGGCGGCGGUUAGUUCGGGAGUCGUCAUCACCUCACUGAACACAGAGAAGACACACAAACGCAGAGGUAGGCGGAGCUCAGACGGUGAAGAGAAAGGGAUUAAGCCCCGCCCACAGAGUCGACGUAGCCCUGACAAGAGCUCUCGGAGCCCGUUGAGAACCAGCACACAGGACAACACACACACCUCACACAGACCCACAUCUUCUCCCCCUGAUGCCCCCCUGAGUCGUCAGGUGUACGAUCGAGACUGUCGUCCUCUUCACUCAGCCGACGCAGACAGCACUCGCUCCUCAGCGCUGGACGCAAUGACCGUACGCGUCCUCAACGACUCGCCUGCUCUGCAGAGGUCAGAGGUCACGACGGGAGGGUCAGAGUUCAGCCCGGGGUCUGCACGGCUGGAGAAGCUCCGUCAGCGUCAUACGGAUGAGAAGCUGGAGAAGCUGAAGGAGAGGAUCAGGAGGCAGAGGGAGCAGCUGGAGGAGGCAGGAGACAGGGGGAGGGAGGGGGUGAUAGGGGUGGGGCAAAGAAACUCUGCCCACCAGCACAGCACCAAAGUGCGUAAAGUUGCAGCUGCUCCUCCUGCGCCGAACUAUAAAGGGUUUAACAGCAGCCACGUGAACAGUCGCACCUCAGACGGACGAGUGUGGGGAGAGGACGAGUUUCACCUGAACGCUGAGAGUUAUGUCACAGAGCGAGCGAAGCGAAAACCGGUGGAGAAAGUGAAGCAGCAGCAGGAGAGGAAGCUGAUUAAACCCGUGAGGAAGAUUCAUCGAUCUGCAUCUGUUCCUGAACCUAAAGCAGCGAUCGGCGUGUCGUCAUGGCGAGAGGGUCAGAAAGUGGUGAAGAUGAUGCUGGGGCCGUCGUCAAGGGAACCACGUGCUCAGUCAGAGGAGAAGGAGAGUCGGACAGGUGCCGCAUCUCGCUCCAGUUCUGUCCCUCGGCCCGAGUCGGGUCACCGCUCAAGACCGAGCAGCAACGAAAAGCCUGCUGUAACUCAGAGCUCCAGAACAGCAGGAGGCACCAGAGGCAAAGAGCAUCAAUCAGAUCGAUCCUCCAGGCCACGAGUAAGCAACAGACACAGAGAAAGUGCCGUAACACCAGGAAGCGAUGCUGCGCUUUCUGCCAGCCUGGAACUUCUCCCCGCAGACAUUCGCGGUAUCUUGGAUGAUCUACACCUGGAAGACGGUGCGAGUUCACGCGACGCGGGCCAAAGCAGGAAGAGGGCGGGACGAAGCCCAUCGAAACUGCUCCCCGAACGCGCAGAGAGGGCACUGCCACGGAAACGGCACUACGAUGCAGACACAGUACGGCGCUACAUCGCUAAACAGCAGGAGGAGAGGAAGAGGAAGCAGAUGGAGGAGAGGCGGAGUCAGAGGGAGGAGCAAGAGAGACGGAGUCAGAGACUACAAGAACUGUACAAGAAACAACGUGAGGGCGUUGCCAAGCAACAAGUCCUGCCUCCUAAUCUCAUAAACCCUCGCCUGCAAGAGACGUACACCAAGAUACUCCUAGAACACACUCUGCAAGGGGCACGGCCGGGGUAUCAGCCAUCUGGGGAAUCAGAUAAAGAGAACAAGAGACUGGAACAACUCAGUCCUUCCACCAGUGAGCUCUCAGAACUCACACCGUCUCCACUCUGCAGGGCUGAUUUGGUGCCCCCUGCUGGUCCGUUCUUCUCUCAUCUCCUCAGUCUGGAACCAGAGUGUGUAAACUCCACUACACACAUGCAAGACACACACACUGUGGACACACACCAGGUGAGGACAGGCCACGCAGACACACACACCUCCUGCAGGCUGAACCGCAUGGAGGCCCUGAAGGCUUGCGCCGCAUCUCUGUCCAGCCGAAUAGAAAACGAGGCACGAAAGCUUGUUGCCUAUAGAAACGACGACGACGAUGGUCACGCCCCUCGCACCAAACCACCGAGUCCACCAGAGAGAGAGCGACCCGAUUCCAGCUCGAUCCACAAUGAUGCGAAAGAACUUCCUGGGGUUGGCAACCUGUACAGCUUCAUCACCCGGGACUGUUGGGGUGAGAUCGGCAAACCCCACCCACCCGCAGCCGGUACCGCCGUCCCGCUUUCCGUGCAGGAAGAGAAACACGACUCGAGCGGAGGCUCCAUCAGCGAGGGCUUGCUGAGCGACGGCAGUCUCUCCGAUCCCGGUGAGAAUUCUGCAGCUCGCAAUGAACACCACAACGAGGAGCGCAUCACCCUGUUCCAGAAAGAGGCAGAGCUUCACGUGCCGUAUCGGCCUGUGGUGAUGUCACAGCCUCCGUGGGAGGAGCUUAACAAGGGCAGCCCUCACAGCGUCAUCCAUAUAUUCACCAAAAACAGAAACAAAUACAACAACGUGAUGGAUGCAGAAGUGGACAGAUCUCCACCUGCCCUCCGUUCCUUUCCGUCUACUCACAGCUUGCCAAACGGUGUCUACGAAGACGACUUUGUUUCCUCCCGCAGCAGCAGCCAAUCAGCAUCAAAGAGAACUACUAACGGCAUCAGUAACAGUCGCAGCUCCGGGGCAGCAGAUGACAAGAGAGAACAUGACCGAUUUCCUCACUCUUCUGCCUCUACUCCUUUGACCUCACCUUCCUCUGCCCACUCCAUCAGCAAAAGAGGUUCAGAAAAGAGUUCGGAGCGCACCCAGGUGGACGGAAGGAGAAGCGCGUCUUCAUUUGCCUCCGAGUCUCAGAGGAACGACUGGAGGAAGAGCGACUCGCCUCGAGGCUCUCGCAGUAGCGCCGACGUGAACGGGACACCAGGGGGCACCUCGGCGCACUCCAGCCACAGUGUGAUGUCCGAGAUUCCACAGUUUCCCAGAAACACUGCCGACUCUCCAAGAAUCUUCGGCUCCUCUUCAUCCAGUCCUGCAUCUGUCAGAGAUUCCACCCCCAGAGCUGGAGGGCUUGUGCACACUAUAGUCCCCACCCCAGAACCAGCACACUGCACCACAGAGCUACAUUUUACCCCAGUUGUGCUGCAGCAACGUCUAAGUGCCGAGCUAAACUUCAUGGAUGCAGUGGAGGAGUCAGUGAGACAGCUGAGCGACGUGGAGAGAGUCCGAGCUGUCUCACUCGCUCAGCAGGAGAGCGUCUCACUCGCACAGAUCAUCAAGGCUCAGCAGCAGAGGCAGGAGCGAGAGCUGCAGCUGUUGAGGCUGAAAGCAGAACAGGAAGCGCUGGAGUCUCAGAGACACGUACAGGAGAGCCGAGAGAGAGCAGCACAGGCCCAUGCAGAACUGUGUGUGGAUCUGGUUCAGUCCCAUCAGAAGGCUCUCUUGGAGCUGCAAGAGAACAGCAGCAAGAUGAUCCACCAACAGACCGAGACGGCGCAACAGCUCAGAGAGAUGACCGAGAUGACUCGUUCUCAAAUGCUUCCCUCUGUCACACCUGUGAGGCAGCCACACCCACAAACAGACAGUAGUAGGAGUGAAGUCUCUGCAGAGAAUACACCAUCAGCAGACACUCCACAGAGCAGCUUCGCUGAGUCUGAGUCCUUCAGGAUGCAUACUGUCAGCGGCGUGAGACAGGGCGAAGGAGGCGGCAUGGACAGGAGCAGCUCGGUGGAAGAGGAAGUGAACACUGCUGCUGAUGAUUGCCUGCAAACCGACAGAGCAGACAGCGCCUCAAUAAAUUAUUCUUCGAAGUUUGACGAGUCCGUGACGGAGGACGAGUUGGAGAAGUCGUUUCGUUCAGUGCUUCCGUCAGAGUCUCACUGGAGGGGAUCCGUGGAGAGAAAACGCCAAUCGGACGAGGAACCUCACGCUGAAAAGUCAUCUACCAAGGACGGCAGUGUCCCAGUGUUCUCCGCGGAUCAGUACAGCUUCUCAGAGUUCACCAUGGCGAUGGUGAAGCAGUGCAUGCAGGAAGAGGAAGUUCGCUCUCAGCAUCAGAGUUCCCUCCUGCGCCUCCGACAUCGAGCGCUGAAGGAGAAAACCCGAGCUGAGCUCGACUGGCUCGAGCUUCAAAAGAGGCGUCUGCGGGACAAGGGAGAGGAUGAUAAAAUGCCUCCGAUCCGCAAAAAACAGCGAGGCCUGCUGCUGAAACUACAACAGGAGCAGGCGGAAAUAAGGAGGCUGCAGGAGGCGAACCGAGCGGCACGAAGGGAGAGGAAACUGUUGCUGAAACAACAAGAGGAGAUCGAGAGGAUCCAACACACAACACUGAAACUGAGGGAGAAACUCAGGAACGCUGAAGAUACAAACCAGAGGUCACCCCUGUCAAAUGCGAGCAGGAGUUCGGCCCCUCCCACCGAGCUGGACGUGGAGUUUCGUAGCCCCUCCUCUUUAUCUGUGUCGGGGAGCGAGACCAGCAGCAUAAUGAAGAAGCUGAAGAAGAUGAACUAUCACACAGAUGAGAGAUUUCUUACUCAGCGUGAGCUGCGAUUGGUACAUUGGCGUCAGCAGGUGGAGGCGGAGCUGAGGCGCACAGACGGGGCGGAGCCCCAGUGGAAGGGGCAGGCGACGUCAGACAGACACACACAGCAGAAACACAGCACAGACGAGCUGCAGAGAGACAGACAGGAGGAGAAGAAGACAGGACAAGAGGUGCGCAGUGAGGGUGACUCGUCAUCUGUGCUGUCCGUCUCCAGCAUACACACUGUACAGGAGUGUGUGAACACACACAGCCACGAGUCUCCCCUGGUUCCUGAAAGUUCCAGCAGUAAAGUGACAUCACACAGCAACACCAGGAAGCGAGACCUCCCUUCAUCAGGCCCAACAUCUGAGGCAGCAUCGGAUCAGAGUGACAUCGAGGGGCGUGUCUUGGCUCUGAGGGCGGAGCUUCGCCGGCGUAAAGCUGAAGUGCAGCGUCUAAAGAAGGAGCAGAGACUGAGACACAAAGAGCGACUGAAAGCUCAGGAGGCCAGUCUAAUCAAACAGUUGGAGUCCUACAACAACUUCAUUCAGAAGACGAAAGCUGAGCUGAGUAAAGCAGAUGCUGCCACUUCGACUAAACCCCAGAUCAAGACUCCAACAUCGGGCUCACAUAAGUCCGGAACAGAAACCUCCACCCCGGACAGGUCUGAAACCGAGAAGAGUUUCACAGGAAAAAGCCACGAGUCUGAAUCAGAGAAAUCGGACAGGACACACACAGAGUCUCCGGAGCCGAGCGAUGAAGAUCCUCCCACCGUGACCCCGACCCCGGUGUUGGGAAGCCCCGACCGUCUGAGUCCUCCUGAAACUCAGCAGGAUGAGCACACGCCCCCUCAAAGCCCCACUAGGCCAGAAACCGACGCCUCUGCCAAUCAGAGCGCAGCCUCCGGUCCGAGGUCGGAGCUCAUCGAGGAGCUGGAAUCUCCGAGGUCACAUUUGUCUCCGUCAGAGCACUCGUAUCAGGUGCUGGAUCUGAAGGUCCAGGACACAAACCAGGAUUUCUCCAAGAACGAAACGGAAAUUGCCUUCGCUGUAAAAGUCAUCCAUGAAGAAGAAGAAGAAGAAGAAGAAGAAGAGCAUGUGAACAAUUCAGAAGAUAAUAAAUCCACUUCCUCGUUCGUAGCUGAACCAGAAGAACCCAAACGUCCAGAGAUUCCUUCAUCCUUAGAAGUCUCUCACACUCCGGACGUUUCCCCGAGAAAGGAAGACUCCGAGCUCAAACCCGCUCCUUCGUCGACGGUCGACGACGACGACUACAAAGAUGAUUUCGAAUCAGCGAUUCAGGAGGAAACUCGACCUCGCUCGCCAUCUUCUGAAGAUCCAGAAGAGGAAUCGUACAAAUUCUCCUUCAGCAGCGAGGAGGAGAUCGAGGAGGAGAUUAGCCUCAAGUCAGGGAACGCUAGCGGUACCUUCGAGCAGGAAAGACCUUUGGAUCUCGACUUCCUGGGAAAGGGUACAAAAGAAAGCGUCGAUGUUCUCAGCACUCUAAAGACUCUGGAGGAUGAAAUGCCCGGUUAUGCGAUUGGUGAUCGAGUUCUGGUGAGCAACGUUCAGCCAGGAACUCUGAGGUUCAAGGGACCCACCAGGUUUGCAAACGGAUUCUGGGCCGGAGUGGAGCUGGAUGUAUCCGAAGGAAGCAACAACGGGACCUAUGAUGACAUCAUUUACUUCCAGUGCAAAGAGAAACACGGCAUAUUUGCUCCUCCCGAUAAGAUCUCUCAUUUACCUGAGAUGAUCGAAGGUCGUACCAGAACCUCAGAGGAGGAAGAUUCCUCGUAUGAUGAUCCGUCGAACGAAGCGGAGAAGACGGACGAGACCGAAAGCAUGUUUCAGAAUAAAAAAGCAGAUCCAGGUCCACCUUCGGAGAUGAGGGAACCUUCUGAGAAACACUUCAAUAUUGAUUUGAAGCCUUCAUGCAUUACAGAAGACUUGAAGAUUGACCCUGCUUCUGUCGAUGGUGAGAUCUUCGAAGAUCUUAAUGGAGGAAAUCAUUCUGCGUCACUCGAGAGGUUUGGAGACGUUGUCCUUGAAUUUAAUGAUGUCUCUAAAGUUCAGGAGGUUCAGGAGGAUCAAACACCAGACAUUCUGGACCUGCUAAUCUCUGGUAAGACGUCUACUUCGACAGAGGACCUCCAGAAACCUUUAGAAGUUCCACCCGAGAAGACAUCCGAGGACGGCGUGGAGAGCAAACCCCUCGUGACUCUGGCUGAUACGCUUAUGGAACGCUUCAUGAGCGAUGCCCUGCAACAGUUUCAGCAGAUCAGGAAAGCAAAGGAGCAGAAAAUCUCAGUCGCUAAUCAACUUGUCUUCCUUGGUGAGGAUGAAGAACUCAGUGGAGACAUGAUGUCCCAGCUCAGAACUUCGUCCAUCAGCCAGACGAACAAGGAAAGUUUCCACAUUGUCUUUGACAAGGACGAAGAAGAAGCGUCUUCUCCUGAGCUCUGCAACCGACUGGAGAGCCCAGUGUUGGGUCAGGAGGAGCUGGUCCAGCGCUUAGAGGAGCUGGAGCUGAACCGCGAGUUCCUACACGUGCUCGGCGACGAGCCGGACUGGUUCGAUGAGGACUUCGGCCUCAGCUCUCGCAAACACGCUCAGCACAAGAACAAACUCCGGCAGGAAGAGCUCACGUCCACGUCUUCAGCCAAACUCCCACUCGUCAGGCAGCAGGAGGAGGCGGCGACCACCGCUAUGCUGGUCCCUCACAAAGCCGGCGAGGUGGAGAAACUGGUGGGCGCCGCCCUGCUGGAGAUCUGGAGGAGCUGCGGGAUGGAGCAGGGUAAUCAGAGUCUGACAGCGUUGCCCAAACCCCAGGCUUCAGGAUCCCUGCUGGGGGAUGAGAACAGUGAGGAGUGUGUACACAGCUACAAACAGGCGGUGUUUGACCUGGCGUGGGAGCUCAUGCAGGAAAUCUAUGCUGAGGAUCCCAACACCAAUCGUCCUCUGUGGAUCAAACCACGGCGUGUUAAUUCUACAUACAUCCACAGAAUGGACGACCCCAGUGACCUCACUAAAGUCCAGGCGUUUGUCACCAGUGAGGUUCUGAAGCUGUUGAGUCUGAAUAAAGAGCAGAACCACAGAAGCGACUGGCAGAAGAUGCUGAAGUUUGGCCGUAAGAAAAGAGACCGAGUCGACCACAUCCUGGUGCAGGAGCUCCAUGAAGAAGAGGCUCUGUGGGUGAACUACGAUGAAGACGAGCUGCUGGUAAAGAUGCAGCUGGCUGACGGGAUCCUGGACACGCUGCUGAAGGACACGGUGGACGUUCUCACCAACAUCCAUGAGAGGAGAUCCGCACAGGUCUCAUCCUGAUCCUCCUGCACACGUCUGCCACUACACCCGUUACUACACCCGCUAUACCCUGCUCUGAACCAGGAACACAGAGUUCUCUGAGGGAUCUAGAUGGGUCGUGUCCCAAUCCUGCUGCUCAGAUCUCCUGUCGCUUCCUUCGAAACCCUCCUCGCGUUUGGGACCGAAGCGGAUCUUACCUCCGUCUGUACGACCGUACGAUAUUCACCUACGUGCUGGAUUUUUAAUUUAUUUGUAAAGGAAGAAAAACAUUUUUUUUAAAAAAAAACUUGUGUGAAAAUGUGUAAAGAGAUGAUUUUAAGCGAGCGUAUACGUGUCUAAGCCCAAGCAGAACCCGGAGGAACCGAGCAGAAGGAGAUGAUUUAGAGAUUAAUGCAAAAUAAAUUGUUGUAUAAACUGCGUAUUUUAAAGAUUAAGAGAUUUAGAAGAGUUUAAUGAUCAGAAACUAAACCUAAGGAGUACAUGAUGAGAUUAGUGCUUUAUUCACCCUCACUUUCCCUUCUGCCUUUACUGAACCUCCGUAUUAAGUGCCUCACGGUUUCUGCUCCCUCCGUAGGGGAGAAACGUUUUAAGCCUUUCUCUCGUGCGUUGUGAGCCGAGCCGCCUUCGUACACUCCGGACUCUUAAUCUCCAUCCGUCUCUGCCUUAAAGCUGGGUUAUAGAGCAGAGGAGGAGUGUGGUAGCUGGUAGCGUGCCCUCGGUGGUAGCGUGCGCUGGGUGGUGGCGUGCACUCGGUGGUAGCAUGCCCUCGUGGUAGCAUGCUGUGGGUGGUAGCGUGAACUCGGUGGUAGCGUGCACUCGGGGUAGCGUGCAUUCGGUGGGACGUAAAAAAGACAAACUCUGACCACAAACUUCUCAGAGAUCGAAAUGCUCAGUAAACUCGUCCCACACUCAGUAGGGAACCUUCUCAACCACGUUUAGAACAAAACCGUUUAUUUUUAGAGGCUGCGUCAAUCCUGCAUUAAAGACGGACCCUCAUCUCUACGAAGUCCAGGUGGGUCGUGUCCUGAUUCUGCUGCUCACCCUGUUUUUAUGCACACUUUACUCUUGGUCUCUUUAUUCUACAUGUAGAACAGAGCCAGAACCUCUGAGAUUAAAACCGAUCCUGUCCUGGUUCUGCCGCUCGGACUCCUCUUACAUACUCAGUACGUUUCGUCACGCUGGACAGACAUUUUUUGAGAUUUUUCAGCAGGCUGUGUUCUAAAUCUGGACUUUCCUCAGUAAGGCUCCUUAAAGCCCGUUUUCUGCAUUUAGGACAGAACCAUUUUUUGCUACAAGUUUUUAAAGUCCGGAGUCACACUUUUCACUCUACCUCUUUCACACAAAGGCAUGUUGUGACUCGACUCUUUCCUACAGCGAUAACCUCCUUUUUAUGACCGUUGUAGAAUUGAAUCAUGAUCUGUAAUGAAGUCAUUCCUUCGCUCCUCCAUCUUUCUCUCUCAUUCUGAGCAGAAUUAUGGGAUUGCCUUGUACAAGAGUGACAUAGCAUCAAGUGCUCCUUCAGACAUGUCCAUAAUAAGGGCUCUAACACAACAGCGGCCUCCGUUCUGCCUUCUGUAGGGACUCGCAGUAAGGAACCUCCCUAACACCUGUGUGUAGGACGAAGCCAAACACCCCGCCCCCUGAGCGGUAACACCCCGCCCCCUGAGCGGUAACACCCCGCCCCCUGAGCGGUAACACCCCGCCCCCUGAGCGGUAACACCCCGCCCCCUGAGCGGUAACACCCCGCCCCCUGAGCGGUAACACCCCGCCCCCUGAGCGGUAACACCCCGCCCCCUGAGCGGUAACACCCCGCCCCCUGAGCGGUAACACCCCGCCCCCUGAGCGGUAACACCCCGCCCCCUGAGCGGUAACACCCCGCCCCCUGAGCGGUAACACCCCGCCCCCUGAGCGGUAACACCCCGCCCCCUGAGCGGUAACACCCCGCCCCCUGAGCGGUAACACCCCGCCCCCUGAGCGGUAACACCCCGCCCCCUGAGCGGUAACACCCCGCCCCCUGAGCGGUAACACCCCGCCCCCUGAGCGGUAACACCCUGCCCCCGAGCGGUAACACCACCACCACCACCCCCCGAGCGGUAACACCCCGCCCCCUGAGCAGUAACACCCACCUCCUGCUCCUAAGCUUCCACCUUCACAGUCUUCUUACAUGUUGAAAUAUCGUGAUGUAUAGAGCAGGUUCUGUAAUUAACUCACUAAACGGGAGCUCAGGGUGGAGUUGGACGAGGACAGAGGACAGAGGACGCAGCUCUGUUUGUGCACAUGUACAUAUUAAACCUUACAACUGUUUAAAAUUGUAAAUAAAGCUCUAAAAUAUUCA